CAUCGAUGUCCUCACCGGCAGGACAGUGCAACUGUGAAAGAAACUGAAAGUUUUCUGCAAUGUAGAAAUAAUAGGUACGAUCCUCGAAUUCUUUUAGUAUGACCAGUGCCUGAAAACAAUGAUUUGAAUAUGAAAAAGUUUUUCGAAAAAGCCAAGUUAGAUUAUAAGUUCAAGAAAGCAGGUGAGGGCCAUACCUUAGCAGAUGACAGCAGCACAGCUUCCCGACAGCAGGCAACCACCUCUGCACCUGCAAUACGGACAACCCCAAGCUCAGAUGCACAGAGAGCUGGGCAGGCUGCUUUGGAAAGGUUUUCAGUUCAUGAAAAAAAUGCUGUAAAGAAGCCAAAGUCUGCCACAGCUUCAUGGAAACACAGUGGACAAGGAGGGACAUCUCAGAGUAACAGUGGUACAGGAGCAGCACUGAACCUGAGUCAGCUGAAAAGAGAAGUGAGACAGGAGUUGGCAUAUCAAGAAGCCUGUCAUCAAAGAGACCUUCAGAGAGAGGUUCAAUCUACUGCUGAGCCAACACAUGUAGAAUGUUCAACUGUGCGGUCUCAAGAAGGAGUGUAUUUUUCUUGCCCAGUGUGUCCAAUUACAGUUUUAAAAAGUGAAUUAGAUGCACAUAUGUCAGAAUGUCUCUCUAAGCAAUAUCCUGAUGAACCGCUGACAACCUCAUGUUCCAUGAUACACACCCUAAACAAGGAUAAAGAAAAGGUUAAAGCCUGCAUUGACCUGAUCUGUAGAUACCUUGAUAAUAUCUGUAAGAAUCCAGAAGAGGAAAAAUAUAGAAAAGUAAAGCAAAGCAACAAAAUAUUCCAGGAACGUGUAGUGCCCAUUAAAGGUGCCACUGAAUUCCUUCUUGCCUGUGGAUUUGAAGACAAAGUUCUCCCAGUAGAAGCAGAUUCAGAAGAAAAGUUUUAUGUUUUGCCAAAGGAGUGUUCUGACUGUGAACGAUUAAAUGUGUACAAAGAGAUAUUGACGUCAAGUGAAGCUUUGAAGGCAAAACUGGAUCGUUGCUUAAAGGUUUACAAGCCAAGCAGCCAAGCACGUCAUUUUGAGGUCCCCUGGGAUUUCUUUAACAAGACAGCUGAAGAGGUCAAAAGUGAACAGAUGGCAAGAACGGAGGAAGUUGAGAAAAACUCUCAGCUCAGAACUCGAGCUAUGCGUGAAGCAGAGAAACGCCCAUCCAAGACCUACCGUUUCACUUUGGUGCGGAUACGUUUGCCUGAUGGGAUCAUCCUUCAAGGUGCGUAUUUUGAACCCACGGGUUUCUCUGUUCCA